AUUGGAGUGAAGAGGCGGUUAUGGAGAAGAGCAAAAAAGCAAGUGAAAGUAGGGCACAUCAGAAGAUGCCUCACUAUAAUGGCACUAAAAGCUUCGGUCGCACUAGACAAGAAAUAAGGAAGAAGAAUGGCGGGAAGUGUUCUCGAGUUGAUGUAUUGGUUGCAACUCGUACAAGAAAAUCUGAGAAGGCUGUGAAUGCAAUCAAUUUGGCAAAUAACACUCAUGCAGUAGAUGAGAUAAACAAAUUAAAGGAACAAAGAGAGCAAGGUCUUAAUGAGAAAACAGAUGAGCAAAUUAUUCAGGAUGUGCUUGGCAAAGAUACACAUGGGUAUUUGAAAGCAUAUGGACCUGGUAGAAGUAUUACGCAACAUUUUAAAGUAAAAACCUCUCGAAUUGAUCUUACUCAAGAGGUGAAUGAAGUUAAAAAGAAAGCAGAUCAAGCAAUUGAAGAUGCAAGAAAAGAAGCUGAAAAUGCUAGAAUAGAAGCAUAACAGGCUAAAUUAGAAGUUGAACAAGCCAAAAAAGAGGCGGAAGCUGUUAAGAAUGAUGUGGACAGAAAAAUUGCUGAUAAUAAUGCAGUUUGGGAGAAGAAGUUUAGUCAACUUCUGGAUUUUCUUAGAGCAGGAAGUGAUUCUGAUGAUUCAGGAUGUCAAGGUUCAAAGGAAUGAAGUAAGUAAUGCUAUCUUCACCGGUUAUGCAUUAUACAUUUUAUCUUAUAUUCAAUACAAUUGUUACAUUUUUUAAAGCUAAAGAAUCUUGACCUCUUACGAUUGGUUUAUAGCCUUCCUAAAACU